AAGCACGCCAGUUACACAGUAUUUUCGAUUCGUGAAACACGACGCAGCCGCGCAAGACAGAGAUCGUAAGAGAGGGAGAGAGAGAGAGAGAGAGAGAGAGAGAGUGUGUGAGCGAAAGAAAUAGUGAGAAAGAAAGGAAGAAGCAGCAGCAGCAGCAAAGCCGCCCACUUGCAAUUUACAACCCCGCUAAGGUUACACAUUCGCAGGCAAGGCCCCGAAGGGACUAAACACACAACCCAGCGAGCAUCCUUUUUGCCUUUUCCCUCGCAUCCUCACCAUCCCCGUCUCCAGCCGCGGAAGGGCAGUGUUAUUGUUUUCAACUUUUCCCAUUAUCUCUCGCGCGUGUGUGUUUGUGCGACACAGUGUUGUUUUAAGUGGGCAGCGUCCUAGCAAGUGCAGUUUGCAGUCAACUGUUGAAUCGUGCUCGCAAGCGAAAUAUCACAGCAAGCUCAGCAGCAGCAUCAUGGCCGAUAACGCAAACAAACGCAACAUCCCAAUCAAACUCGGCGACUUCAGCGUGAUUGAUACGGAGUUUUCCAGCAUCCGCGAGCGGUUCGACUCGGAGAUGAAGAAGAUGGAGGAGGAGAUGGCCCGGUUCCGCUCGGAUCUGAUGCACCGCGAGCCCAACUUCUUCGAGACCACGUCCAGCUUCUCCUCCAAGAAGGUUGCCACAUCGUCCAGCUCGACUACCUCCAACGCCGCUACCUCAAUGAAGCUCCCACAGUCUCAGAGCGGUUCGGACAUUUGCUCGCCGCUGAUUCAGGACGAUGGCGACGGUAAGGUGCUGAAGCUGCGCUUCGACGUCAGUCAGUACGCGCCGGAAGAGAUCGUGGUGAAGACGGUCGACAACAAGCUGCUGGUGCACGCUGAGCACGCGGAAAAGUCCGACACCAAGUCGGUGUACCGGGAGUACAACCGGGAGUUUAUGCUGCCGAAGGGUUGCCUGCCCGAGAACAUCAAGUCGUCGCUCAGCAAGGACGGCGUGCUGACGGUGGACGCUCCGAUCCAGCCGGAGGCCCUGCUCGCGGGUGAAACGAUGGUGCCGAUCGCGCACAACUAAGCUCCGUUUUUGGCGAAGAACUACACUUGCCGCGACCACCAAACCUCACGUUCGAUUUCCCGUGCCUCAAACAAAAAACAACAAACAAAUAGAAACAAACAAACCAUCGAGAUAUAUACAUUCGUAUGCUACUACCCGUUGGCGCACGGGGGCUGGAAAGAUCGUGCUAGUCGCGGUUUGCUUUUGCGGAGGGCACGUACGCAAGCAUUUUCUGCAAUCGCCAUUUAAUUUAAUUGUUCCGAUUAUGUUUAUUCGACCCCGCGAUCCCGCUAUCAAUCGUGUUCUGUCAGCGUAAAAAGCAGCUCCAACACCCAAAAUUAAUGUUCUCAGCAGUGUAACGCCUCUCUGGCUGAACGAAAAACAGUUACGAGGACGUACGCCGAACUCCGAAAGAUAUUCAAACGCACCGCAACUCCAAAUCCAACACCGUCCGUAGGCCGGCGGUGUGAUAUUACGUUAUGUGCACUAUGGUGCUGGAGGAGCGGGGUAAAUGAUAGCGAGAAAGCAAAUGAGAUAAGCAACAGGGAAGGAAAGGCAAUAGCUUUUGCGUAUUUUGUUGUUGUUGUGUUAGAAUUUUUGUUUGCUGACGCAAUGCUCACAUGCAUGUAGAGGAGGGGAGAAACGGCCACAGCUACUAGUGUACUAAGGAUGAACAAGAUUUCGUAGCCUUUUGGUGUGUCACUGCUUGCUACAUCCUCCGCAGAAAGGGGUGAGAAAGAGACGGUCAGCAAUCUCCAGGACAACGAACACAUACAUCACACACGCACCCUUUUUGUGGAGGUUUAGCGAAUUCGAAAUUCGAUUAUUAAUAGAUCAGGUUAAAUAAGUACCAAUAGAUAUAGGUGUGUGGGCUUUUGCUGCCAACCAAACGCCGCCAUAGAUCGGGCAGUCCGCCGGCAUUACUUCGGCGCCCUGCUUCGCAUCAGUUGUACUCACUUUGCUUCUCCUUGUCCGGUUAAAAUUUUGUAUCUUCUUCUCUCUUGGCGCAACAACCGUUGUCGAUCAAGACCUACCUGUGCCACUAAUCGGUUUGGCUAGCAGUCACUUAUAAGUCACUUCUCAUAGUAUGAUAGUCAGUGGGGGACACGGUCCAUACAGGGCUUUAACCCAUGGCGGGCAUGUUGUUAAAUUAUACAAGUUAAUGACUGUACCUCUGGACUGGCUCAAAUUUGUAACGGCUUUUAAUAAUGGGAAACCUCUACACAAAAACAAAUUACGUACCCAAUGAUCUAUGAAAGGAAGAGAAAGAGAGCGCGGAUUUUGGCCUAUAUAUGACUAUUUAUUUGGUUUCGCGUCUUUUAUCCUGCUACUUAAACUUCUGUAAUUUGCAAAAAAUAUUUUCGCUUCAAUAAACGUGCGAAUGGCUAUUAACACAUUAAAGCGGA